AUGAAGUUCUCCACCGCCUCUAUCUUCAUCGCCGCUCUCGGCGCCUCUGCUCACCCCAGCGGCCACGCCCACAAGCGCGCCCACGACUCCAUCGAGGCCCGCGGCGACUUUGUCGUUGCCAACAAGCCUGCUGAGCCCAGCACUCCCGUCGUCUCUCCCACUCCUGCGCCUGCUGUCCCUACUGCUUCGCCUUCCGCUCCCGCUGCUCCUCCUGCUGAGAAGGCUGCCAGCUCUGCUGCCGGUGUGGGCUCUGGCCCUUCCACCUACACUCCCUUCUGCGGUGGUAACAGCAAGCGUGCUACCGCCCAGGAGAUCGCCUACAAGGGCAAUGUCGGCGCCGGCGGCUCUUACGGAUGCAACCUGAUGCCUGUUAAGAGCAACCUCCUCGACCAGUACCAGUACACCGUGGUUUUCACCAACGCCGGCGAGGACUCCAAGUGCGAUUGCUGGAACAAGAUCGGAGCCGAUGGUUUAAUUGACGGUUUUUUCAGCGGUCACCAGGCUCUGACAUUCGACCUUCCCGCCGGUGGCAAGCAGGUCCUCGCUGUCGACUCCAACUCUCAGAUUGGCUGUGCCUGCGGCAAAAACGGCGCCGAGCUGACCAACAUCGGCCAAUUCGCUUCUACCUGGCUCGAGGCUGAUUUUGGUAACCUGUCCAACGGUGGCUGGUCCGGUGUCGACGUCUCUUCCAUCGUUGCCGCUGCUAACCACAUGGAUAUUCCCGGCAUGAAGGCCUGCGGUACCGGCGAGUAUGCCGACGUUUGCUCCAUCAUCUGGCCCGGCGGCAAGGGUGACAACGCCUUCGUUGGCGGCACCGAGGCUCUCGAUGGCCUUGGUCUCAACAUCAAGCCCGGCAAGGCUUCCGUCAACGUUAUCGUCAACUUCUUAGGAUAA